AACAUGGCGGCUGCCAUGGAGCUGAGAUGCUGGGGAGGAGACUGGGGUUUGCCUUCCGUCCACACAGAGUCCCUCAUAGUUCAGGCAUACGCCAAGUUUUCUGGUGCAAAAGUCACAGUUGCUCCUAUAGACUGGACAUGGAAAACUCUAACAGCGACAGUCCCAGAGUUGCUGUGUGGAGACUCUGCAGUUCAAGAACCUACAAAUAUUCUCAACUUCCUGAGAAAACAGAGGUUUAAUGCAGACUAUGAAUUGACAGCCAGACAAGGAGCUGACACCAUGGCAUACAUCGCUCUGCUUGAAGAGAAACUACGACCAGCUCUGUUGCACACUUUCUGGGUGGAUGCAGAAAACUACGCCAAUCUGACACGUCCAUGGUUUGCUUCACGGUCGCCAUUCCCUCUUAACUUUCUCGUCCCUAGUCGCCUUGCUAACAACGCCCUCUCCCGCAUCCUUCUAACUAAAGGAGAGGCGCCGCUACACAGAAUCACUGAGGUAGAGGGAAAGAUCUACAGUGAUGCCAAAGAGUGCCUGAAUCUGCUCUCAUACAGACUGGGAACUGAAAACUACUUCUUUGGCAAUUUGCCGACCAGCCUGGACGCCUUUGUGUUUGGUUUUGUGGCUCCAGUUUACAAAGCCAGUCUCCCCAGUAGCCCUUUGCAGAGCCACCUGAGACAGCUCGAUAACCUCACAAGCUUCUGUGACAACAUCCUCGCAGUCUACUUCAGCUCGGACCACCCUUGUCCUCCCCCACCUGUUCAGGAAACAAUGGAUGCCAACCUCCAGAAACUAACUCAGCUUGUAAACAAAGAAUCCAACUUGAUAGAGAAGGUGCUUCUGCUUUCCUUUUAUCGUCUCUUUGCAUGGGUGCAUGGUUUCAUGUGGCAGAUGGAUGACAACCUUCGCAGCAGCCCUCAGCACAAACCCCACAGACCAGACCCCAAACCCAGUCUGGCCAGUGAGAAAAGCUCUACACCCGCCUAACCCCUGACCUCUCAGCCCUGAUCCAGGCUCAUAAAAGGAGGAGGAUCAGCCUGUAGAUGAAAGGUGCAGUUCUGACUCAACAUCCUAAAAUUUGAAAAUUGUCAUCCAGGGGAAAUAUUGUUUGAAUGGAAAAUAACAUAAUAAUUAAUGGAAGUAUGACUAUAUAACUAUUAAAGAGGCUAUUUAUAGAAACAUAAUGGUGAUUGAUUUCAAAGAUGUUGGUCUGAAAGAGAUGGAAAAGUGCAUGUGUGAGGUUUAAAAAAAAAAAGGUUGAGUGCAUGUAUGUGGUUAUGGAUGGAAUUCUAUGAAGUAGUGUUUCAUGAGAAAGACACAGAAAGUUCGGGAGGAAAGUCGAAGGAAAUGAAAAGAGGUGGCACUGUUUGACCUCUGAGUGGACCACUCCACCUCUUUGUCCUUUUGUUUUCUGUAAGAAAUAUGUUGUUUUUUUUAAAUUGAUUCUGUUUUUCAUCACACGUGUGAAAAUUUCCUUACCUGCAUCAUGAGUAUAUUGAAAUUAGUUGAAGACGCACUAACAUAGUGCAGACCUGUGCUAGAGCACCAUACGGGAAGAUUUCUUUAAGUUGCGGUACUCCAGUUUAUAAAUCUGUUUUGUUUUAUCAUCAUGAUGAUCUCAGAUCUUCUCUCACCUCCUGUAAAAAUCUGGUGUAAAUUCCAAUGACAUUUAAAUUAGUGUUAUGUACAGUAUGUAUACAAUCAUGACUAGGAACAAACAAUCACUUAUUUUUCUUUGCUCUCAUCUCCUCUGCUUUGUAUAGCUUGUAUAGUUGUAAAUAUUUUCAUGAUGGAAAUCUAUGCAAUUUACUUGUGAUUUCCUCUAAUAGGGCUGAUCAGCUUCUUUACAGUCUUUGCUAGAUACACUGAGGUAAUUCAUAAAAAACUGUAUUAACUUAUUCAUGCAAAAUAUGUGGGACUAAUGUGUGUUUGUGUUUGUGUGAGAGUUGUCCAUUAGAAAACAGUGUAUCUUUCAAAUAUAGUUUUUUUGUUUUGUGAGAUAACUGUGCCAUUAACAAUCCACUCACAGCUGUUGCCAUGGUUUUCCACAACCAAUCUGACAAGUACAGCAUUUAUUUUGUUUAGAUUUUUCCGCCGUGUUGUCAUUUGCUGUGCCUAUUUAACACCUUGUUAAAACUGAAGUGUCUGUCCCAUUUGGGAAUGUCUCAUUAGCUGCCUUUUUUGCUUCAUUUUAUUCUGUCCGAAUUUCAAAAGAACUGUAAACUGAGUUGCCACGUGUUUUGUUUUUUUAUUAUCAUGCUCCCUAAUAUCAUCCUUCUGAACUGUGUCUACUCCAUGUGAUAACUUUCAUGAUUAGUGUCUCACUCUAAAAGUAUAAAUACUUGUCAAGACACUUGGGCACUUGCAACUUCUAAAUAAUACACUUCAUGGUUACAUUCCCUUAAAAGCACCAU